AUGAAAUCUAUAUUAAAUAUUACUCUUUUUUUAAUUUUUUUAAAUUUAUAUAAGUGUGCUAAUAUAUCAUGUGAAGUAGAUAACACCCCUAGUACCAAAGUUUCUAGCAAUUUAAAAUCUAAUUUAAGAAGCUGUACUUCUAAUGUUGUUCUUUCAUCAAACAUAGGUUCUACCAAAUUGGAAGGAACAGAUGGUGAAAGUUCAAACGAGAGUGUAACUUUGACUAAUAAUAUUAAAUCAAAUAUAUCUAACGAAUCAAAUAUAUCUAACGAAUCAAAUAUAUCUAACGAAUCAAAUAUAUCUAACGAAUCAAAUAUAUCUAACGAAUCAAAUAUAUCUAACGAAUCAAAUAUAUCUAACGAAUCAAAUAUAUCUAACGAAUCAAGUGUACCAAAUGUAAAGAGUGUCAAUGAAGUAUCUCAAUAUGAAAUACUUAAAGAAGCUGUAGAAUGUCAUUCAGAAACCAAGGAUGUUUUAUUAAAUGAAAAGGAAAAUUUUUCAAGUGGAUUGAAAACACAUGUUGAUUUGGAAUCUGAAGAACAACAUUUUGAGUCAUUCUAUGAUAUGAAUAUGCACACAGAAGGAGGAAUAAAAAAAUUCAAAAAUGUACUUAAGUCUUAUUUUAAUCAAUCCAAAGGAGAUAGUAAUACUGAAGGUGAUGAAUCAGGUGUAUUGGAAUCCUUAUUUGGUAGCAUAUUAACCCCCAUAGAUUCAUUGUUAGAAAGAUUUAGAGGAUCUAACUAUAGAAAUUCAGAUUCUUAUGUGAAUAAAAAUUCGAAGGGAAAAGAACAAAAUAAAUUCCACAAUAAAAUAUACUUAGAUGAAGCAGAUGAUUUGAGUGACCCUGAAACAUAUGAUGAUGGAAGUAUAUAUUUAGACGAAGCAGAUGAAUUGAGUGACCCUGAAACAUAUGAUGAUGGAAGUAUAUAUUUAGAUGAAGCAGAUGAUUUAAAUGGCCCCAAAAGUAAAACAAAAGAAGAUAACUACCAUUUAUAUUAUUGGGAUGAUUUUUAUAAUGAAUAUAAACCAACUCAUUUAAAUUAUCUUAUGCAUUAUACAGUUCAUGAACCAAAAAAUUUUUAUAAUACUACUAAUGAAGAAACGAACAAAUUAAAAGGUACAACCAAUGAAGAAACGAACAAAUUAAAUGGUACAACCAAUGAAGAAACGAACAAAUUAAAUGGUACAUCUAAUGAAGAAAAGAACAAAUUAAAUGGAACAACUAAUGAAGAAACGAAAAAAUUAAAUGGUACAACUAAUGAAGAAACGAAAAAAUUAAAUGGUACAACUAAUGAAGAAACACAUAAUUUUUACUACCCUACUCAUGAAGAAUCAUACAAUUUUUAUUACACAACUAAUGAUGAAUAUAAUGUUCCAUUAGAUUAUAAUAAUGACUACGAGUAUAAUUACUUUGAAUAUGAUAAUUAUAAUAUUAAAAAUGUUAAAGACAAUUUGGUAAAAAAAGUUAAUGAUUUUAUGGAAUCAGAUAAUUUAAUACUUAAUACCUUUAAAGGUAUAGCUGGAGGUGUCACUAGUUUUUUCGGAUAUAAAAUAUAA